AUGGAGCGCAUAGGCGCUCACUCGCACAUACACGGUCUCGGUCUAGAUGCGAACCUGGAGCCCCGCCAGAAUGCCCAGGGGAUGAUAGGCCAAGGCAAGGCGCGAAAGGCAGCAGGCGUGAUUCUGCGGAUGGUUCAAGAAGGGAGGAUUGCGGGGAGGGCUAUUCUCAUGGCGGGUCCGCCGAGCUCAGGGAAGACUGCUAUUGCUAUGGGUAUGGCGCAGACCUUGGGAAGCGAUGUUCCUUUCGUUAUGCUCACUGCAAGCGAGGUGUUCUCAUUAGAGAUCUCGAAAACAGAGUCCUUAACUCAGGCGUUCAGAAGAUCUAUCGGUGUGCGGAUAAAGGAGGAAACCGAGUUGAUUGAGGGAGAGGUGGUGGAGAUUCAGGUGGAUAGGAGUGUGACCGGGGCUACGAAGACCGGCCGUCUGACCCUCAAAACAACAGAUAUGGAGACGGUAUACGACCUCGGCUCGAAGAUGAUCGACCAGCUCCAGAAGGAGAAGGUGCUAGCUGGAGAUGUGGUCAGCAUAGAUAAGGCGAGCGGGAGGAUCUCCAAGUUGGGCCGGAGCUUUGGUCGGGCGAAAGACUAUGAUGCGAUGGGCGCAGACACAAGAUUCGUCGCAUGUCCAGAUGGAGAGCUGCAGGUCCGGAAAGAGGUGGUGCAUACGGUGUCGCUGCAUGAGAUUGACGUGAUCAACUCGAGGACGCAGGGGUUCCUUGCGCUCUUUGCAGGCGAUACUGGAGAGAUCAAGCCGGAACUUCGAGAUCAGAUCAACACCAAAGUAGCGGAAUGGCGAGAAGAGGGCAAGGCAGAGAUUGUCCCAGGGGUCCUGUUCAUCGACGAAGUACACAUGCUGGACAUCGAGUGCUUCUCAUUCCUCAACCGAGCGAUGGAGGGAGAGCUCGCCCCGCUGGUGGUCAUGGCCUCGAACCGCGGGAUCACCAGAAUAAGAGGCACAAAAUACAAGUCUCCGCACGGUAUACCAGUCGACCUGCUCGACCGGAUGUUGAUCAUCAGUACUGGAAUGUACAACGAGGCCGAGAUGAGGGAGAUUGUCAAGAUCCGGGCGGACGAAGAAGACGUCAAGAUCGCCGAACCAGCCCUCGACCUCAUGGCGAAUAUGGCCACCCAAACAUCCCUCCGCUACGCCCUCAACCUUAUCGCUCCUUCCUCCCUCCUGGCGCUGAGGCGGAAAAGCCCGAUGGUGGAUAUUCCGGAUAUCAAGGAUGCGUAUCAGUACUUCUCGGAUGCGGUGCGGAGUACGGCGUAUGCCAAGGAGAUGGCGGGAAUGAUGUUUGGGGAAGAGGAGGAAGAAGGGGAAGGGGGGAGGGUGAAUGGCGGGAUGAUGGUGGAUCCGGUUGCGUGA